AUGGGGAUUUUUCCCGGGCGGGAGCUCCUUGGAGGACUCGCCCUGGUUGUCUUUAUGGACAGGCUUGUGUGUUCAGCAUCGUUAGAGAACGACGAAACGGCAGCUUUAGAGGAACUUGAAAAAACUUUGUCUCCACUUGGCUUGCGGGAAGGUCGUCCCGAUGCACAUGUAGUUGAGGAUGCUUCCUUAAGCCUGGAAGAUGCCUUGGAUGGGUGGGAGGUUUCGCCCGAGUUGCUUCAGGAACUAAUUACACCUACCGACGAGAAGGUCAAUUUGCUCAUAGAUUCAUCAAUUGUCUCGUGGAUGGACUCUGAUGCAGAAAAGAUACCGGAGGAAGUACGGAAGGAGAUGGUGAAAGACUUGGAGCGGGCUCGUGCGUUGGGCCUUCGCCAGGUUCGUCUCUUCAACUACAUGGUUGAACUCAAGGGUCUAAUAGACACAUCAGAAGGAGAAGAUGGCGUCUACCUGAGAGACCUUAUGAAAUGGUGCAAACAGAUGUUCCUCAAUGUCCACGCAGCUGAAGUAAAACUAUUCCUCAAGCAAGAGGAGGUAAGGAGGCAAUUCUUCAACCCAGGGGAGAGCAAUCCUCUCUCCUUGGACUCUCGAACCGUCUAUCUUAUCCUAAAGCAUCGUGCUGACGCGAUUGUCGGACGAUUCGAGGCCUACAUGCCCGAAUCAAAGACAGGCCCCGAAGCAGUAAAUGAGGGGAAAAGUGCAGAUGUCACGAACAAAGGGUGA